CUGUUUCCUCCUCCUCAUGGCGACCUCUCUCGCCCUCCCCUCCCUCCCUCUACUGGUCCUUCAGCUUGCGCCCGAUGGCAGUGCAGUCAACUUCCCCAGUUGGCUGAACUGUCUUGAGCGCACGCUGUCUUGCACCCUCGUGAGUGGCUUUAACCUAUGGUUUUUCACUCAGCAGAGUGGUUCUGGCGCCAUUCCCACCUCUCCCUCUGGACCCACCUCUUCCUCCUCUGACCCCUAUGCUGAUGGCCUCCGUGCUGCCAUUGCUGAAACUGAGCGGCUUGUGACCACGGCGCAAGCCACCGCCACGGCUGCUCCUGACAAUGCUGCUGCCCGUGACUUAGCUCGUAUUCUUGCUGAGUCCCUCGAGAGCACCCGCAAGCGCCUCACUGAGCACCUCGCUGCCCCUUCUCCUCGCUCUGCGUCUACGCCCAUUUCCUCUGCUCCAUCUCACUCUGACCUUCUUGCUGACUGGCAUGUUGCCAACGCACGUGCCUAUCAGGUCAUCCUUGCCUGCCUCCCUCCAACUCUUCUCCCUCAGUGCUCGCACAUCCGCUAUGCCAAGGACCUUCCCGGCUAUCUUACCAAGCGCUUCCAGUCGCAGACUCCUAUUAGUGUCAUUGCCCUCUUACGCGAGCUCACCUCUCUUCGUCUUGCUGACUUCACCACCAUGGCGGACUACAUCGCUCGUGUGCAGACGAUGUCCUCCCAACUUGCCUCUCAAAAGUUUGAACUUUCCGAUCAUGUGUGCGGUGCCCUCCUCCUCACAGGCCUCACUCCUGAAUACAGUGUUCAUGUCACUCUGUAUGGUGAGCGCCCUGCCGACCAGUGGUCGUUCUCCCGUGUCUCUGCCUUCCUCCUCCAGGCAGAGCUCAACCUCCGCAGCUGCCCUCCUACUGCCGCCGCUGUCACACCCUCUUCCGCCCCCCCCCCCCUCUCCCCACCUCCACUGCCGCCGCUGCUUCCUCUCGCCCUCGCAACACCUUUCCUCCUUGCACCUACAUCAUUCGCCAGGGGCCCCGCAAGGUCAGGAUAG